AUGUCGGCCCAAGAACCUCCAAGCAAGCAAGAUGAGUUCUGGAUAUUUGGCUAUGGUGAAGACCACCGCGGCACACCCUCCGCACCGGGCCGCGUCGUUACACUGAUCGAGCGCUCUUACUGGGCCUCGCUCGCCGAUCACCACGACUCGGCACCCGCCAAGGUCUGGGGCGUGGCCUACCGAAUCAAGGCCGACCGCGUUGCCGAAGUGAAAGAGUACCUCGACAUCCGGGAGAUCAACGGGUACACGAUUCACUGGACCCCGUUCCACCCGGCCUCCGACGUAGACCCUGCGCUGCUGCCACCAGCAGAGCACAAGGGUCCCAUCCAAACCUUAGUUUAUAUCGGCACGCCUGACAACGCCCAGUUUACGGGGCCGCAAGAUCCGCAGGAGCUUGCCGAACACAUCUAUCGGAGCAAAGGGCCGAGCGGUCUGAACCGGGAUUAUCUGUGGGGGUUAGAGAAGGCGUUGGAUGAGCUGAGUCCCGAGAGCGGCGACGAGCAUGUGAAGGACCUGUCGAACCGGGUGAGGGCGGUGGCCGCGAGGUAUAAGAGUGAGGGAAAGGCCGACGCGACCGAUGAGAUUCAUACCGCGACCGGGGUUGUCAAGGUAAACGGACCAACACACGACAACGAAGACCACCACCGAUUCAGAAGAGCUGGCAGCGUAGAUGAGCAGGAGGAAACCGAGAAGACAUCAUAG